UUCUAUAUUUCUUUCAUUGAGGAGUACACUCUAUUACGUACAUUUCACAGCUUCGACAACAACUUUCGGAUGAUUCAUGUUUGAAAGGCGAAUUUUAUCGUGCGGCCAAAGAGCAAGCACGUAAAUUUCCAGGCAGAAGAGGGGUCACUCAGAACCACGAAAAUCUAACUCCUGAAGAGAAAGCUAUCGUUGAAAGAGGCAUAGAGGAAAUCGCUCAGAAAUUCAGAGAUGGGGAACGAGCACCAAGUAUUAGCGAACUCAUUAGAAAGAUUGAUCUUUCAGAGGGAGAAAUUGCGUCCAUUGUCAAAGCAGCUAAAAGGAAAAGUCAAUUCAAGAGGAAGAGGGAGGUCCAACGCAUUUGUGGUGGUAUUAAAAGGAUCAGAAGGGGCACGAGUCUGCUUCCUGAUUCCGUAUGGGAGAGAACGGAGUUCACUGAAAAUGAAACUGAGGAAGAACGUCUAAUGUGUAUGACCGAAGCGUUGUGCCAUGCCGUUCGCAAAUACGACUUACACGAGUGGGGCAGCAGAUUCUUCUUGAGCCACGAUCGCCCAGAAACCAUCGUCCAUGACUAUGUAACAAAUAUGCUAAACGAUAAAUGUGAUGAAGUGGCAACGAGUUCAAGGGAAUGUGCGAACGCUCCAGCAGAUGCGACAAUACCUCCUACGUUUACCUCAGCCUCGGCUUAUCGCGUUUUCGAGCCUACCUUAUUAGCCAUGGCGAUCGAGAGUCAAAGUGUUGAAGAGCAAAGAAUUAGGACUCAAAUGGAGCUAACGCAAAUGGAGAUAGAGGAGGAAAACUACUUAGCUGAUUCAGCAAUUAUGGAUGAUGCUGUUGUUGGGGAGAUUGAAGUAACCACUGAGGACCAUGAGCCUCUCGAUUAUGAGGAUGCCAUUGAUGAUGCGCUCAACGCUACGAUCCAUACGGUAUUCCUUUUUUUUGCGUAG